AUGGACAUUAUUGAGGUUCCCGUGACACAGAAGGGCAAAAGCAAGAAAAAGAAAAAUAAGAUUGACCAGUCGAAGGACGCGGAGCAGCCAGACAAGAUGGAAACUAACGAUGUAGAGGUGAAAGAAGAGAAGACUGAGGCCACCGUCGCCUUCCCACCGACGUUCAGCGUGUCUGAAAUCAAGAAUAAGCAGCGAAGACACUUGAUGUUCAUGAAAUUCAAGCAAGAAAAAAGAAAGCAAAAGAUGGAGCUGAAGAAACAGAGGAAAAGACAGGCAAAACUUUUGGGUGACAAGGCGCCACCUAAACAAGUCCCCAAGACAAUAGAAAACCAAAGAGUCUACGACGAAACAACAGUUGACCCCGAAGAUGAAGAGGUUGCGUUUGAUGAGGCAACAGAUGAAUUUUCUGCUUACUUCAACGGGCUAACAAACCCCAAAGUGCUCAUCACAACAUCAGACAGACCAAGAGGGAGAACAGUGAAGUUCUGCAGGCAGCUGGCCACUGUGAUCCCAAACGCUCAUGUCUACUACAGAAGAGGCUUGGCCCUCAAGAGAAUCAUUCCCCAGUGUGUCGCCAGGGACUUCACAUACCUUAUCGUCAUCAACGAGGACCGUAAAGUGCCAAAUGGUUUGGUUCUUUGUCACCUGCCUGAGGGGCCCACUGCACACUUCAAGGUCAGCAGUGUUCGGCUACGAAAGGAAAUGAAGAAAAAAGGCAAGGAACCAACAGAGCACUAUCCAGAAGUGAUCCUGAACAACUUCACCACGCGUUUGGGCCACAGCAUCGGCCGGAUGUUUGCUGCCCUUUUCCCUCAAAACCCCCAAUUUGUGGGUCGGCAGGUGGCCACCUUCCACAAUCAGAGAGACUUCAUCUUUUUCCGAUUUCACAGAUACAUAUUCAAGAAUGAGAAAAAGGCCGGAAUUCAGGAGCUGGGACCUCGUUUCACUCUUAAGCUUCGCACUCUUCAGAAAGGCACCUUCGAUUCCAAGUUUGGCGAGUACGAGUGGGUCCUCAAGCGCCAUGAAAUGGAUGCCUGUAGGCGGAAAUUCCAGCUGUGA